CGGAAAUGACACUCGCCGGAAGCUGCCAAGCUGUAGUUUUUAGAACGGCAGUCGGAGGAAGAAAGAAGCGCGACGUCAGCAGAAGAGAUCUCAGGGGUAAAGAAGGAGGUGUAGUCAGGCAAACACUCUAGAGCUCUAAGGAUGGUGCGGAUUUUGGCAAACGGUGACAUUGUACAAGAUGAUGAUCCUCGAGUGAGACAGAACACCCAGAACAGGAACAGGGAAAAUGCUGCUCAGCCGGGUUUUUUCAACACAAUGACUAACGCAGGCCCUGCCCCACAACAACAACAUCACCAGCAGCAACACCAGGGGGCAAGACCAGGGGAACGCUCACCGUUCUCAGACAUCAAUCAACAAUUGGUGAACAUGGGAUUCCCUACCUGGAACCUUGGCAACCAGGUGGUGGAGCCAGUGAUGUCCAUCUUGUUGCUGUUCCUCCUCAUGAUGGUGGGCGUGCGUGGCCUACUCUUGGUGGGACUCAUCUAUGUUGUUUCCCACUUAAGCCAGCGAUGACAAGGACUUCUGUACAGGCGAUGACUGCUGCCUGGUGGAGAGAGCCAGAAUUUCUCAUCGGAUGUGUGUUAGAGAGAGAGAGAGAGAAAAACAUAUGGGUCCACAUGCCCACAGUGUGUAUGUGUGUCUGCUUAUUCAUGUAUGUUCCUUGCUGAGAAUUUUUUUGUGAAUUGAAUUCAUAGACAACAGAAACAAGCAGUGUGGAUUGUGAAUUCAUAAGGACAUAAUUUUCUUCCAUUUCAGUUUCCCUCUGCUGAAGCUUGAGAACAGGCUGUCUUUAUCUGUGGCACAAGGCAUUGUAUCAGAAGUGUUAGGUUCAUUCUGCCGUGUUGCUCAGGGUGCGCUAGAUGUGGCAGGUGGUUGGAUGAAGCUUUGAUUUCUUUGCUUUGAGAGUUGCAAGUACAUUAGGCACAUCUUCUUGAAAGGUAAACAGAAACAUAAAGGGGAAUGUAUUUCAACCUAGGAGAUAU